AUGGCGGUACCGGAGGUCGAUAUGAUCGAGGGACUACCUCCGGCCGUGGCCCUGCAGCAGCAGCGUGGUGCGCCGACCACGCGCUCCUCCAUUGGUAGCGUGACCACGCUGGCCAAUCUGUUACGCAUGCUCUACUCACGGGCUGGCACCUACCCCAAAGGACAGGACCUUCUUCUUGCGGAGGCCUUCUCGCCGAAUACGCCCGAGGGCGCCUGUCCAGGCUGCCACGGGCUGGGCCGAGCGUACACUGUGACUGAGCAAUCAAUGGUACCAGAUCCGUCUCUGACCAUUCGAGAGCGGGCUGUUGCGGCCUGGCCGCCUGCUUGGCAUGGACAAAACCUGCGCGAUAUGCUGAUCACGCUGGGCCACGACAUCGAUACUCCGUGGCGCAAGUUGCCCGAAGAAACACGGCAGUGGAUUCUCUUUACCGAUGAGACUCCGGUCGUCCCUGUAUAUGCGGGGCUUGAUGCCGUUGAAGUCCGGCGCGCCAUUAAGAAGAAAGAAGAUCCUAGUUAUCUUGGCAAUUUUUCCAGCGCCCGCAGAUAUGUGCUAACGACCUUCGCACAAACGCAGAGUGCGCUCAUGAAAAAACGUGUCGCCCGAUACAUGGUGAAUGGAGAGUGCACUGCUUGUGGCGGUAAGCGGUUGCGUCCAGAGUCAUUGUCGGUCACGUUUGACGGGCGUGAUAUUGCCGAAAUGCAGACGCUGUCGUUAGCAGACUUACGCGACACAUUUGCUCCUUUUGCCAAGCCGAACUCCCAGUUUAAUGAGCGUGCCGACAUCCCCGCCGAACAGGCACUCGUCAUCCUACGCAUUGCCGAGGACCUCGUAGCCCGCCUCGAUGUCUUGCUCGACUUGGGUUUAGGCUAUUUGGCACUCGAGCGCAGCACUCCUACUUUAUCGCCCGGCGAGCUCCAGCGUUUGCGCCUAGCUACGCAGCUGCGGUCGAACUUGUUCGGUGUUGUCUACGUCCUUGACGAGCCAUCGGCAGGCUUGCAUCCCUCAGACACAGAGGCCCUACUCCGUGCCCUGGCCGGCUUAAAGGAAGCAGGAAACUCCUUGUUCGUAGUCGAGCACGAGGUUGACGUAAUCGACCAUGCAGAUUGGAUUGUUGACGUUGGUCCUAGGGCUGGGAUUCAUGGCGGACAGGUACUGUAUUCAGGGCCACCAGCAGGUCUCGAUGAUGUUGAGGCAUCCCAGACGCGGCGUUAUGUGUUUGGCCAUAAAGUCUCCGUGAGCAGGUCUCGGCGUCAACCCGCGGUGUGGCUCAAGUUACGUGCUAUCACGCGCAACAAUCUGCGGAGUUUAGACGUUGACAUUCCAAUGGGUGUUCUUCUAUGUGUCACGGGCGUGUCGGGUUCCGGCAAAUCGACCCUUAUCAGCCAGGUCCUCGUGGAACUAGUAUCGAAGGCUCUUGGUCAAGCGCCCAGCGUUGAAGAGGACGACCAGGCAGAUCUAGAGCACGUGCCUACACAAACUCUCGGCGGCCAGGUGGCCUCCGGCAUAGAACACGUGAAGCGGGUUGUUUUCGUUGAUCAAAAGCCAAUUGGCCGCACACCACGCUCGAACCUCGCAACCUAUACAGGGCUCUUCGAUCCAGUGCGUAAAUUGUUUGCAAAGACGGCCAAGGCACGCUCCAGUGGCAUGGAUGCCGGCCAAUUUUCAUUCAAUGUCGCCAAAGGGCGCUGUCAAGUGUGCCAAGGUGAGGGCUCGGUGAUGGUGGAACUGUUAUUUUUGCCCAGUGUCUAUGCACCGUGCUCAGCCUGCAAGGGGUUGCGCUACAACCCAAAAACCCUCCAGGUCAAAUAUCGCCAGCACCAUAUUGCCGACAUUUUGAACCUCACGGUUGAUGCAGCCCACGAGUUUUUCAUCGACGAGCCGAGCAUCGUCAGGCCCCUAUCGGCCUUGCGCGAGGUGGGCUUAGGUUACCUACGCCUUGGCCAAUCUGCCACCGAGCUAUCUGGUGGUGAGGCCCAGCGUAUCAAGUUAGCGACGGAGCUCGGCCGCAUCGGGCGUGUCAAUACCCUCUAUGUCUUGGAUGAACCAACCACGGGAUUGCAUCCUGCUGAUGUGGAGAUGCUGUUGCUGCAACUUAACCGAUUGGUGGAUUCAGGCUCCAGCGUUGUGGUAGUUGAACAUGACAUGAAUGUCAUUGCAAGUGCUGACUGGGUCAUCGAUAUGGGGCCUGGUGCAGGCCAAAAUGGUGGUAGGGUCGCCGCUUCAGGCACUCCGGAGCAAGUAGCCAUGAGCAAGGAAAGCCGCACUGCACCCUAUAUUGCUCGGCUUUUAAAGGAACCGCCAAGAGCAGGUGGUAACAUGAAAAAGAGAAAAAGAGUAGGACGGAUUUAUGAAGGGUAA